CUAACUUGUUUACGUAAUUCUGCACAAGAGUAGUUUAAUAAAGUUAGUAAGUGGUUUUGUUUUACAUUUUAGUCCCAGUAAUGAUCUCAAAUAAGAUAGCAUUGAUUCGACGUUUGUGCUCUGCGCAUGUCCCUUCAGGCUUGCCGUAGGUUGAUGUUCCGUAGCGGUCAAAACGGUGUCGGUCAAAGUUUAGUUACAGUCGUGCUGACUGCAUCAAGGCAGCCGAAACAGCUCACGGUUCUCCACGAUGACAGCACGGAAUAUUUCCCGGUUCUGGGAAUGGGGGAGGAAGAUCAUUUGCGUUGGGAGAAACUAUGCGGAUCACGCCAAAGAGCUGAAAAACGCGAUUCCUAAGGAGCCUGUCUUGUUCCUGAAGCCUCCUACUGCAUAUGUGAGAGAGGGCUCGCCUAUCUUGGUGCCCCUUUACACCACUAAUCUGCAUCAUGAAGUGGAGCUGGGGGUGGUGAUCGGGAAAGGGGGCACGGCCAUCCCGCAGUCCGCCGCUAUGGAGCAUGUUGCGGGUUAUGCUCUGUGCUUGGACAUGACAGCCCGAGACAUCCAGGACGAGUGCAAGUCCAAAGGUCUGCCCUGGACCAUGGCCAAGGCUUUCAACACCUCCUGUCCUGUCAGCGAGUUCAUCCCCAAAGAGCGCAUCCCUGACCCGGCGAAGGUCAGCCUGUGGCUGAAAGUAAAUAAUCAGCUUCGACAGAGCGGCUGCACCUCUCAGAUGAUCUUCUCCGUCCCAUAUCUCAUCAGCUACAUCAGCGACUUCAUCACCUUGGAGGAAGGGGAUCUCAUCCUGACCGGGACCCCUAAAGGAGUCUCCGCCGUGCAGGAGCACGAUGAGCUGCAGGCUGGGAUCGAGGACAUUGUUACGAUGAGCUUUACAGUAGACAGACAAGACCAUUAGCGGGAAAAGAGACUUAACUGAGGCAGAUGAGAUAAUAAAGACUCGUGAAGAGAAGGUGCUUCAAUCUUUUUUAAAAUCUUUGCGCAUCAGCAGAUGGCAGUGCUGUGCCACCGAGACUGUAUUUCUGAUCAAUUCUUGCUGCCUUGCCCAGCAUUUUAGAAGAGCCGAAGUACAACACACAGUUUCGUGACACCGUUUGAGCAAAAUCAGGACAACUAUAAUCUAUUUUACUGUAUUUUAGCCAUGAUAUAAAAAACAUAUUCAUCACACAGUGUCACUAUGUCUUUCACCAGACUAUGAAGUAAUUUAUAGUAUUAAAAUGAAAGGUGUAAUGAUGUAAAAAAAACAAAACUAAAAUGAGCAUUAGAUCAUUAUAUUUUUGUAAUUUAUUAUUCUUUUUUAAUCAUUUGCUGUAAAAAAUAAAAGGAUUGCAGAAACUUGAAAACAGCAUCUUGUAUUCUCCUUUUUGAGAAACUUCAUAUUUUUCAGAAAACAGUAAAUAAAACAGUAAAUAAGAAAGCUAUUUCAUAAUAAAAACAAGUCCUCCAUUAAAAAAAAAUACUUGUCAUUGGUAAUGACAGUUCAUAUCAGUAUUCAUCUUUUUAUAAAUGCAUUAAAGUUCAAAUAGUAUUCUCAGCGCAGAUGUGAUCUAUGUAUAAUCACAUAUAUGUUUUUAUGUUAAUGUUGAAAAAGUGUCUCUUUGUAAUCUUGUACACCAGAUGUUUGAAACACACUCAAAAUACUUAAAAACAAUUACUUCAAAAUGUUGAUAUAAAAGUUGAUUUUUUUCCCCCCACAAUAAUUAGUGGCAUUGCUUUUGUUCCCAGUGGGUUAUAUAGUAAAAUCUAAAAUUACAAUAAUAACAGUA